GGUCGAGUUGCAGCUGUUGUUUUUUCGGUUUUGGGUUUUCAUAAUGAAUGCAAGAUGGAUGGGGGCUAGAAGAGCAGCAGAAUGAGUGGCUGGCUGGCGCGCGGCUCCCAGCGCGGCGAGGCGCUCAUGUCCCGGUUCCGGGGUGCCUCGCCACUCAAGGACAAGGACCUGGAUGCUGUUGCCUGCUUUGAGAGCUUCCGCAUUCACUGGCAGCAGGCAUGGGAGAUGAUGCAGGCUCAUCAGGGUCCGGACGUCACCACUACCGACGACGUCAACUGCGUGCUCAACCACGUGGACCAGGUGUGCACGCUGCUCAUGUGGGACCUGAAGGACGCCGAGCAGGCGGCCGGUGCCGGCUCGGCCGCCGACGGCCUGCCGGACCCUUCCGCGCCGCGCCGACUGCGCAUCUUCGACCUGUUCCUCAGCGAGCGGGUGCUGGAGCGCCUGCUGGACUGGAGCGCGCUCUGCGGCCCGUUUGAAGAGCAGCUGCGCCUGGAGCAGCUGCGCAUCUACGAGCAGCUGCUGCGCCAGGCGGCGCCGGCGCUGCUGGUGCAGCGCGCCGUGCUGCGCCCGCUGACGUCGCUGCUGGCCGGCUGCCGCGCCGCCGAGCAGCCCGUGGAGCUGCACCGGCGGCUGGUGCUGGUGCUGGCGCAGCUGUGCGCCGCGCUGCACCGCCAGCCGCCGCUGCUCGACCUCUUUCUCGGGCUGGACGAGGACGGCCAGCCGACCAGUUUUGGCGUGUUCGCGAUGCUUGUUGACUUUGUGCACCGUGAUGGUGUGAUUGGACGCACUGACCGCGAGGCGCUGCUCCUGUGCAUGAGGCUGUCGCGAGAGAACCUCCAGCUGGCCCAGUAUAUCGUACAGCACUCCAACUUCUGUCCGGUGCUGGCCACCGGUUUGAGCGGUCUCUACUCUGUGCUACCACGGAAACUACUGGUAGUCACCGAGGACAGGUACCAGCUGCUGAGCGCCGAUUCCAAACAGGUGCCCGAGCUGCACAGCUUCGUCUGCUCGCUCGACUUCUGCAACUCUGUGCUGCAGGUGUGCCAUCCGCUGAUUGCCGAUCAGCUGUUGGACUACGUGUACCAGGGGUUUCUGGUGUCGGUCAUGGGACCGGCACUGCACCAGGGGGGCUCUGCCGCCGCAGCACAAGGCGCCUCCCCAGAUUCGAACUCGAUGGAGGAGAUAAUCACGGCCACGGCGUACCUGGACCUAUUUCUGCGCAGUAUCGACCAGCCGGGACUGGUGCGCACCUUUCUGCGGCUGAUCCUGGCGCACCGCUACGAGGAGCGGCGCAUCAUCGACACCCUGGUGCAGCGCAUCGCAGCCACCUCCAAGUUGUGCGUGGUGACGCUCUCGCUUCUCCACACCCUGCUGGAUUUGAACUGUGAGGACGUGAUGCUGGAGCUGGUGUUCCGCCACCUGCUGCCCUGCACUCACGUCAUGGUCUCUCAGCGGACCCGCGUCAGGGAGCCCGACCAACACGGUGGGACGGCCCGCAAACUGCUCGAGCUCGUACCGGCCUGUUGUGGCCCGCCGCCCGGCGCCACACGGCCCUCGGAGGUGGGUAAAGGUGACGGCAGUAAUGGAAGACAGCAGCUCAGCCAGUCCUCUUCGGCACCUCCGGCCGGAGGAGCGGCAACGACUCCAGCGGCGGCACCCGGUGGGAAGCAGUCAGCAAGACAACCUUCAAAACAGCCACAGAAGAAGGCGUCCAAACAGUCGUCCAGCCCCGCUCAGCCUCCGUCUUUGACGGUGGACGGCGCCGCGGAAUCGACCGCCUCCCCUGCUCCAGUCGAGUUCGCGCUACAGUCGCACAUGAGCGAGUUCUUCGAGUAUACCAUGGACGCUCGGGCGGGCGUGCGCGCGUGCAGACGCGGCUGUGCGGGCUGGACGCACGCGUAUGAUGGUGUGCACCCGUCCCCCACCGAUGCGUACCGAAUGCUGCGAGCGGGAGACUCACCUCCGCCGCCCUCUGCGGAAAGGAACGGGGAACACCCACCCGAGCCCACAGUGGACGAGACGGGCUCGAUCGGGGAGAGCAGUGGCUACCAGAGUUUCAACCCGCGCCUGUCACCGUCGCCGCCCCCCGGCGCGCCCGAAGAUGCGCUGUUCUGGGCUCUGGUGGAGCGCGUGCCGACGCCGGAAGAACUGCCCACCCUGGAGACGAGUUGUGCGGAGCUGGAUGAGGCCCUGGCCAGUUUGGGUGUGAUACCGACAUCUGAGGAGAUGAACGGGGACGAGGUGGCUGUAGAAGGACGUCCUCCGCUUCCACUGCCGCUCCAGCUAGUGCCCGAAGACGGCGAGCAGGUGCGAGAAACCCCUCAGAGUCCGACCGAGAUGUUUGGUCUGACACCUAGCAUGGGCCCGUUCCUGGACUUGCUGCUGACUAGGUUGGAGGAGGCGACCACCAACGGCCUCCAGUUGAACCUACAGUUGAUGACGGUGCUCACAAGGCUCAGUCUCUACCCCCAGCCACUACUCAGGUCGUGUCUUCUGGACCAGUCGAUAGUGCUACAGCCCAGCGUUCGCUCGCUGCUGCAGACGCUCGGAAAGCUCAAGCACCGGAUCGACGUGGCGACGGCAGCGCUGCCACAGCUCUCUGAGCUCGUGCGAUGGGCUCGGGCCCGGCUAGCCGCGCGUGAGGAGCAGCCGGUGGCCGGUUCUGCUCCCCCCGCUCCGGCGACGAAGUCUGAGCCGCGCCGACUGAGUCUGAACUCUGUGGCGUCCAUGCUGCGACGCUCGUUGGGUGGCUCUGGCGGGGGCGGGGGCGGUGGAGAGCGACCCCUCGAGCCGACCGCUGACGGGUUCCGGUACACCCCUCGGCCGGCCUCGAGCGGCAGCCGGCCGGCGGCGGAGGAUGGCGCUGCGCGUCGGCUCGUCACGGCCGCUGUGCUGUUGGAACAGUGGCUGCUCGAACUGGCCGCCGUCUCGCAGGAGCACGCCGUCGCCUGUGAGUACUGGGAGUUCAGCUGCUUCUGACCGAACUCUUAGUACCCUCGCAGUCGGUGAAAUGACACUGGAGUUGUGAGUAGGCGAAGGUGAGCUCCUUGCGAGCGAGUUGGCCAGCCGGAGUCAAUGAGUGUCGGAGUCGGAGUCAAUUUUACGGGCUGUAGUUGUCCCACUUUUACCCACCUGAUCCCGCUGCACGCGUCGCCUGCUCCUCAACACUCACACAUCCCUCCAAAGCACACCGUCCCAAAGUGUUACACACUAUUUACACACGUCACACUCACUCGACACUAUCCGUGACGGUUUUUUCGACCCCUCUCAGACCAGUCGCUUCUAAAGGAAUCUCGUCGAUUGUCAUCAGAUCUGCGAUCGCUUUCAGCCGGUGCACCGUCCCCAGGGUAACUCAAUGUGGUGGGUAGGCAAGUCAUUCAUAUUUGUAACCGCACUAAGCACAAACACGUGUCCCAUUUCACAGUCGUGUAACAUCUUCAACCGUGCUAUUUAAGGCUCACUUCGCUGAUCUGUUCUUGCGAAUCUCAGCUGCCCAAUGUUCUGGCGGCUAUGUUGUCUGAUAUUAACCCGGCAAUCUCAGCUACUGUCAUGGCUUUGGGCGUCGGUCUUGAAGUCUGUCGGGUGGUUCAUAGAGUCGUUAUUUGGGCCGCAAAAACGCAUCGUAUCGAGUCACAGCGAUCGGUCGUUUCUCUGUUUAUUUUCGCUGUUUGUUACGUGUGACGCGGUCGCCUGUGUUUGUUUCGGUGUGGGCGCCAUGCGUUUGUUCGGUGGCCCGUUUCAGGCAGGAGUGUUGUUUUGUGUGACCCGAAGGGGCCGCUAGAGGUGGGAACGACAGUAGGUAGGCGACGAUCGGCGACCCCCGUCGUGUCGUGUGUUCGCGUGUGCUGUGCUCAUGGCGGGUCCGCCGUGCGACGCUGCUGCCACCCUGCGGCUGGACGCGGUACUAUUCUCAGAGAGCCCGUGUGGAGUGAGCCCCUGGGAGUGAGCUGUAUAAGAUGAGGAGUUUGAACGAACGUUCAGCGAGAUGCCCAGUCAUUAGAAACUACCACAGUCGACGAGUGAAUAGGUGAACGAAAUGGCGCACGAGGCUUGUUGAUGAUACCUGCUGCUUUCGUGCAAUGACUCAGAACUGACCUGAAGUGCGUGCGCUACUUGUGAUUAUUUUCAAGGAAUUGCAAAGUAUUUUGACUAGAUUGACUUGCGCUUGGCGGUAUUAGCAGUUUGCCCCUACGAGACGGCGGCUCUGUACUCGCUCAUGUUAUCAGGAGGGGGUGGUGCAGACUUGUAACGGUUUAUGUGCUGCAAUAAAACAAUAUUUUGCUUA